UUCCCCAACAAACGAGCGGGGGGGUCAACUUCUGAACGGACGCUUUAUUUCGAGAAGUCUCAUUUUGUGUUACGCAGAGCAGCCCCACAAACAAUGGAGGAGGUUGGCGGCAUCAGGAUCUGCUCCAUAGAGAUCCCUUGCAUUAAAGAGGAAGAGGAGCAGUACUCCAUCAGUCAGGAGGAGGAGCUCCUUCAAGGUUUGGACUUCCCAGUGAUUCGUGUCAUUGUGAAGAGUGAAGACAUCGAUGACAAAGGUCAGAGUGAACACAAAAGAGGGACGGAACCUCCGAGCGGCAGCUCGAGUCAACACAUGACAGCAGGACGUGAUGGAGACCGCUGCAGAACAUCCAAAACAAAUGGCCUCUCGGGUCCACUAACAGAUAGUGAUGACACAAUGUCACAUUCUCCUGACACUGAUGAUGAACACUUAAAAGGGGAUGUGAUAAACCCCCUGAAAUGUUCUCAGUGUGACAAAACUUUUGGCCACAAAAAGAAUCUGAAAAGACACCUGAGAUAUCACACGGGGGAAAAGCCCUUCGUCUGCACAUUCUGUGGUCAAGCGUUCUACGAGAAAGCACAUUUGACGACACACACCAGAACGCACACUGGCGAAAAGCCGUUUUCCUGCUCGAUCUGUGACAAAAUAUUUUGUGAUCGCUCAGCGUGGGUUGUUCACCAGAGAACACACACUGGCGAGAAGCCUUUUGCCUGCUCAGUUUGUGGCAAAAGUUUCCCCCGCAGGGAAAAUCUAAGAACACACACGAGGACACACACUGGAGAAAAACCUUUCACAUGUGUUGUGUGCAAAACCAGUUUUAGUGUUCGUUCCACGUUAGUUCAACACAUGAGAACGCACACAGGUGAAAAGCCUUUUGCGUGCUCAGAUUGCGGAACAAGAUUCUCUCAAAAGACACACCUAAAAAAUCACAUGAGAACCCACACCGGGGAAAAACCGUUUACUUGUCCAUUUUGUGAAAAACGUUUUUCUGUCAAGGGAAGUUUGAUAACACACAUAAGAACACAUACUGGAGGGAUGUGAAUAUGUUGAAUCAAAACCCAAUGCAUGAUUUUUUUUUUCAGUGAAAUAUAUAUAAUCAAAUAAUUUCUAAUUUCUAAAGUGAUUCACAACAAACUCAGUAGACCAGCGGCGCCACAAUACAUGAAGUACAACUAACCAUUAUCCUUCCUUUAGAGCAAAUGUACAUUUGGAUUGAGCUUCUUUUCCUUUCGGCUUGUCCCAUUAGGGGUCGCCACAGCGUGUCAUCUCAGAUGAAUGCACAUUUGUUUUACAGUUUUACGCCGGAUGCCCUUCCUGACGCAACCCCUCUGCAUUUUAGCCGGGGAGAGAAGCUUACAGCACCUGGUAUUCCGGGGCGGUCUCCCAUCCAAGUACUAACCAGGGCCAAAUGCGCUUAGCUUCCGAGAUCUGACGAGAUGGCCAUAAGCCACAUUUGGAUUGUUCUAUUAGUAUCAAAACUCUUGAACAUACUUUAUAAUAUAAAUUAAUACAUUACUAAUAAUUAAUACUUACUCCAUACAAUGCUGACUCUUGACUAGACAACUGUGCACUCAUUCUCAAAUAAAGUUCACGCGCAUGUACAUUAUGUAUCAUGGAUGAUGUCAAUGAUGCUAUUCCAUAAUCCACUUUAGAAGAUGAUGUCCUCAAUAAACAUUGUAAUGUAUUAAAGAAGACUUGUGGAUUGCAAUAAAGCUAAAUUGGUGACUGGGAUAGACUCCUUUCAUACGGUCCCCUCCAAAAGUAUUGGAAUGGUAAGGUUAAUUCCUUUGUUUUUGUUGUAUACUGAAGAGAU